UUACCUUAACCAAUCAGCAUUGAAUUGUUAUCUUACCAGUAGGGAUACAAAAGGAAAAUGUUAUUACCAUAAUAUCAGAAUUUCAGUUGAGAAAAUCAUUUGAUUGAUCUUGAGUUGAUUUUCAUUUUCUCUGAUUUAAUUGUCUAUGAGAAUAUUUUUUUCGUUUUAAUUGUAAAUUGUUAUUCUCUCUUUUCUAAUUAUGUGUGGUAUUCUUGCUAUUCUGUUUUCUUCAACAGAAUUUGAUUCAUUAAGGAAACUUGCCCUUCAAUUGUCAAAGAAACAUAGACAUCGAGGUCCCGAUUGGAGUGGUAUUGAUGUUCGUCCAUAUAUUGGACCCAAAGGUGAAAAACUAGUUGACGUUUUGGCCCAUGAAAGACUGGCCAUUGUCGAUUUACUUCAAGGUUCCCAACCUUUGUACGAUCCAUCAAAAGAAUACAUUUUGACCGUUAACGGUGAAAUUUACAACCACAGUUUAAUCCGACAAUCAAUUGAUCCAGCUGAUUUAGCCACUCAAAGUGAUUGUGAACCAAUUGUUCACCUUUACAAGAAACAUGGACCCUCUGUGGUCAAUCAAUUGGAUGGUGUUUUCGCCUUCGUUGUCGCUGCCCCAGGUAAAGGUGAUUAUUUUGCUGCUCGUGAUCCAAUUGGUGUUUUCCCUCUGUAUUAUGGUCGUGGCUCUGAUGGAUCUUGGUGGUUUGCCUCUGAAAUGAAACUUCUGAUCACUAGUUGUGUUGAGAUUCGUGAGUUUCCUCCGGGUCAUUACUGGACCCACAAGGAGGGAUUCCACCGUUGGUACAAUCCACCCUGGUGGGAUGAAUCCCUUAUCCCAACCAACAAAAUUGAUUUCACCGUUUUGAGAGAUGCGUUUGAAAAAGCCGUCAUUAAAAGGCUAAUGUGUGAUGUCCCAUAUGGUGUACUUUUGUCUGGUGGACUGGAUUCAUCUCUUGUUGCAUCAAUUGUUUGUCGUCAUGCUGCUAAACGUAUCGAGGGUGAUGUAAAAACCGAUGCUUGGUUCCCUCGAGUUCAUUCAUUUACAGUUGGAUUAGCUGAUUCUCCUGAUCUUAAAGCUGCAAGAGAAGUUGCUAAUUUCCUUAAGACUGUUCAUCAUGAAUUCACUUAUACAAUUCAGGAGGGACUUGAUGCAAUUUCCGAUGUUAUUUAUCACAUUGAAACUUACGAUGUGACUACGAUUCGAGCUUCAAUUCCAAUGUUUCUUAUGGCUCGAAAAAUUAAAGCUUUCGGAUUCAAAAUGGUUCUUUCAGGUGAAGGAUCUGAUGAAAUAUUCGGUGGCUAUUUGUAUUUCCAUAAAGCUCCAUCAGCAGGUGAUUUCCAUGCUGAACUUUGUCGAAAGAUUAAACUAUUGUCCCGAUAUGAUUGUCUUCGAGCCAAUCUGGCAACAUCCGCAUGGGGACUCGAAGCUCGAGUUCCGUUUCUUGACAAAGAUUUCAUCAAUUUGGUAAUGAGUUUAGAUCCAUCAAUGAAAAUGGUCACCGAUCGACCUGAAGGCAAACUUGAGAAAUGGAUAAUUCGAAAGGCCUUCGAUACACCCGAUAAUCCGUAUCUUCCAAAUUCAAUUCUUUGGCGGCAAAAGGAACAAUUUUCCGAUGGAGUUGGUUACAAAUGGAUCGAUUCAUUAAAAUCUUAUUCAGACUCUCAGAUCACUGACGCUCAAAUGGACUGCGCCUCAUCGACCUUCCCUCAUAACCCUCCAUUAACUAAAGAGGCUUAUCUUUAUCGGUCCAUUUUCAAGCAUCACUUUCCUCAUCGUGAUACCGACGGACUGAUUCCCGGUGGACCAUCGAUCGCUUGUUCAACUCCAGCGGCAAUCGAAUGGGAAAAGGCUUGGGCCAAUUCAGCUGAUCCAUCGGGACGAGCAAUCUCAGGCAUUCACAUGGAUUCAUAUUGAUUUUAUUGACCAGUAAAUCAAAAUUGUCAAGACUAAUUGUAUGUGAUUAGUAUUCACAUUAACAUUUGAUUUGAUCCAAUCAAUUAAAAGAAGAUAAUCAUUGAUUAGAAUAUUAAA